AUGAGGGCGAAGCCCCGGAUUAGAUUAGCGGAGAUAAGAUUAGUGGUCGCUCCCCGGGUAAAAGGCCAAAAGGCCAAAAGGCCAAAAGGCCAAAAGGCCAAAAGGCCAAAAGGCCAAAAGGCCAAAAGGCCAAAAGGCCAAAAGGCCAAAAGGCCAAAAGACCAAAAGGCCAAAAGGCCAAAAGGCCAAAAGGCCAAAAGACCAAAAGGCCAAUAG